GCGCAAAAGGACGAAGUUGUUUUAUUUUUGGGCGUGGUCAAGUUUUAACAGCAAACUGUAAAAGAUGUCUUCUUUCGACAAGACGCUGGAAACGUUGGCGCCACAGGACGCCAGAAAGUGGCAGGAGUUCAAGAGCAGCGACUGGAAGAAAAUCCAGGAGGCUGUGCUGACGCUGUUCCAGCAGAAGAGGUAUCCGACUCUGGCACAGGAUCUGCACCAACUCAACCACAAGCUCGGGCAAGACUUGUGGCCGAGGUAGCUACAGAUUUACCCAAUUAUUACUUUGUGUUUCCACAGCAAAUUGUUUCGUUCCGAGGUUGGUCAGUUUAUUGGAGAAUUCUACCAGGACCAGAUAUUGAAGCGAGGGAUGAUUGUUCUCAGACAUGAAGUGAUAGAAAAAGAAGGUCUAGAGCUACUAAAGAAGCUGGCAACAGUUUGGACUCAGUUCUACACCUCAAUCCUGCCCACCCUCCAGGCCAUAUUCGCCCCUGUCCAGUUGGAGAACCUGUCAAUUCGGGCUCUAACUCUCCUCGUCUUUAGAGACGUGGUUCUGCUCAAGACACAGAUCAAAGUGGCGCUAAAGAGUGUGGCAGAGGAAGCGAUGCCUCCCCAGAUCCCCCAGAUGCUCCUGGUCCUCCAGGGGGUCCAUAGGUUACCACCCACCGACGACUAUUUCACCCUCGUCUCUCUCCUCCCCUACGUCGUGAAGCCCUACCAGUGUCUCGUUCCGAGACUCAGGAACCAAAUCACCGAGCCCGAGAGCACAGGAGGUAGGAUAUCGAGGUCGGAGACCAUGUCUGGAAGGGACAGUCCGUCCAUCCUGGCCCGCAGCGCCUCCCCAGUCAAGAGACGACACAGCUACGGCGAGAUGGACUCCGAGGAGAGCCGAGGGGAAAGCCCCCUCAUUAAUAGAUCACCCCACCCUGUCUAGACCCACGUUCAGUUUCAAUUUUCUAAAAAUCAUGCCAUAAACUUUACGCCUUUUCACUGUGACUCUUGUGUGUUGCUAUUGAUCACAACCUUCUAGACUCACUUUCAAUAUCAAGAUUUUUUUCAAUGGUUUGUUUUGUUGUUGUUGCUAUUGAUGUCUUUCCAAAGAGCCUUCUGUCCUUCCAAUGUCCCAGUUCUGAUGGUCUUGAGUGCCGGCUCUAGAAUGGUCUUCGUCUUCUCUCUCACUCCGUUCACCUUACUGGAGAGGAGGCUGCAAACGAUGAAGGCCCCUCUGUUGGUAUUGGUCCAGGCUCUUAUGUUGUCCUCCGAAACUCCCUCAAGAAUCAUCUCUGCAAAAGACCUCGUCUUCUCGAUUUCGUCUCCUCCAGUUUCCUUCUCCCCGCUUCCUCCUCUCUUCUCGUCCUCAUUUUCCCUCUCCUCCCCACCUCCUUCCUCUCCUUCUCCCCCCUCUUCUCCAUU